AGCACGGUUUCUCUCUCAGUUGAUACCUGGGUAUCGACAUCUAGCGACAAAGGUCUUCCAUCACUAUUCUACGCACACACAGAGUCAGUCAGCUUGUCUGUCGCAGCAACCAAGUACACCCUCUAGGCCACCCGCCCUCUCUCUUUGCCAGACAAACGAAGAGACAAAGCAAGCAAGUGCGAUAGAUAGACCAGGGACAGCCAGUGUCUCUACCUACAACAACUGCAUCGGUCAGAGAGAGUGCUCAUCUAUCGACAACGCUCAUCUUCCUUCAAAGAGUCAACGCGCUACAAUCCACUCAACCUACACACAAGCGCAGCCAUGGACCGACGUGCAUCGACCAUUGAGCAGCAGCAGAGCGAACGCGACGAUCAACACAGCAGUACCUUCGACCAAAAGCCUGUCAAUGUACCCCUACACGACUACGACGCAACAGCAGCAGCACUGUCUCGUUUGACGGUUGUGAAGAAGGAGAGUACCUGUACUGCGCGCUCUCUACAUGCAGCAAGUACACAGACACCACCGCAGCCUACAGCAGAACACUAUACUGGCAGUAGUUCACGCGCAGCGAGUCCUGCUCUCGUUGGAGAGUGUACCUAUGAGACAGCCAAUUGCCCCUCACCAGGAAAGCGCUCCUCUGCUUACUUUGAUCAUGUCCUGCAGCAAGAUGGUCACAUGAAACGUAUGCGCAGAGAGUCUUCCCAGCAGCAUCAUCCUGAGCAAAACAAGCCAGCAUGUGACGAGCAACAGCGACAUCCAGAUGCUUCAGUCGCAGGUGAACAUGCUGCAGCUACUGCUGCUGCCAUACCACCCAAGCUGACGCGUGUCAUUGCCGAACUCAACGCUUUUGCUACACUGCCUCCUCUCUGCAAUCUCGGCAUGACUUUACGUCCCGUCAUCAAGCGUAUACCGGGACAGCGUGUACGUGCUCUCUCUGAGCCACUCUUGCCAUCCAACCAUCGCACCCUCGCACUACGUCAUCUUCUCCGCGCAUCGAGUGAGCCUGCGUCGCGCUCCAGCAAGCGUUCACGCGAUAAAGUCUCACACCACCCUCCCAUCUCUCAACAAACCUUGCGUGAGUUGGAACUUGAUGAGAUUCUCAAGAAUGCACAACUACGACAUGACAUUGUGCAUGACCCAAACUUGCAAUUUCGUCCCAAUACGGAUGGUGAGCGUGGUGCCAAGAAGCGUCAUGAUUCAGACAGAUAUUGGCGGUCCAUCGCAAAAGAGCUUGAGAAGUUUGACCGCUUUCCACGGGAAAAGCUAUCGCAAACACGUGUAGCGCUCAUGCUGCGUGAGGUCCGCAAUAUCCUGCUAUCGCUUGUUCCACAAGAAGACAAGGAGCAAGUCGCGUCCAUCUUUGAUACGGAUCUCGUUUUGCGCGGCUUGUCACUCGGCACAUUCAGCGCAGCUGCAUUUGCAAGGAGUCUCUCGUGCAUCAUGAAGAAACACUGUGCGCCUAUGCGGGAUGAUGCUGUCGAUGGUAUCAGUGCAAAGCUUGCCGUCUCUAGCACCUCCACGGAAUUUGUCAAUGCACUGCGAUGCACCUUUGAUGUCCUCGAAGUCAUGAAGCUCGAUAUUGCAAACCACCAGCUCCGCACACUACGUGGCUACCUCCUCGACACGGCUGUUGAAUUUGAGCAAAUGUGGUUCAAGCGCAAGUUCUACUCUGGCUCCCUCAAGCAAGACGACGCACUACAGUGGUUCUCCUCUAUUCACACCGACACGAAAUUGGAUCCUCGCGCGAAUUUUGCGACUGGAUUUGUGGCCAUGACACAGCGUGCCGUGAUCAAGGCAGACGUCAUUCCCACCUUCACAUUCGACCACGGUCGCUUGCAAGCAAUGGGCAAAGAUGCAGCAGAAGUCACAGACCUCAUGAUUGUCGUGUUGCUGGCAAAGCAAAUGCUCAAAUUGCCCGACUCUGCAAUGCCGGCGCUCAAGCAGGAUCUAUGGGCGUUAGUGGCUGCUGAACGGGUUGCACUGGGUGUAUCGCGCUGGCAAGCGGCAAUUCCAUCUCUUGCGAUGUACCUUGCGCGUCGUGCUGAUGCAUGCGUUGCUAUGGCAUUGCCAAGAGACUCGACCUUGACAUUUGCCGAGACUUGGUUGAUGAAACAACUUGCACCGGAGUCUGCGAUUCGCCUCAUGCUCGCCUCGCGCUUAUCACUUCUCUUCUCUAGCCUUGUGACGCAUGCAUUGACGAGCCAGAUCAAGAAUGGUGUGCAUUCACCGUGUCAGCUGUCUUGGCAAACUUGGCAAGCCUGCCGUACCGAAGUGGAGGGCAUUGCAUCUCGCAUGUCUGCUGUGGCCGUGUUCCACUGGCGCGUGCAUGGCUCCUUCUACCUCAACUUGCAUGGUGAGCGGGCCAUUCAACAACUCGCACUCUAGUCUGGACGAUAACCCAAGCUAGUGGUGUCUUGUACCAUCAAUCUCAAGGGGAGAUGACGACCAUUACAAAAAAUGUCUGUUUUCUUUCUACCUUCAAUCUCUUUUUCUGUUACAGCGAGCGCACGGAGCAUCCAAAGGAAA